UUUACUGUUUUCUUCCCUGCAUCAGGUUGAAGUGUAAUUACAACUUUUUUAAACCCGUUGUAUGUUGAAGUUCAUGACUAUUUUUGAGAAUUUUGAGGAUUUCACUUGAACUUGUCCUAUCGCGAAGAUUUUCGUUUCUUCGUAUUAAAGUUAGAAAUAACUGGUACUUUGUCAGGGCAAUGCAUUGAUUUUAGUCUUUUUAAGAUUCUGAGAAGCAAAAGAGUCGUGUACAACUAACUACAAAGUGAUAUCAACAACACAUCAAUUUACCAUUAUUUUCUGGUUUCAAUUCCAAAGAAGAUCUAAGUACUUUUAGUCUUAGUUGUAGUUAAAGUCCGAGUAUAAAGAUUUUUCCGAGCGGGAAAGAGAGCCUACUAUUUCUUACCGAAUUUGUGCAAAAAAAUGCAUCGCAGUCGGAGUUUUUAUAUCAGCAAGCGGAAGCGCGUUGCUGCAGCGAGAGGGCUGAAAAUAACAUGCACGGCUGCCGCAGUUGUUUCAGUGCUAUGGUUUUUCUUCCACGCUUUCGCUUCCGGUUCUGUUGUUAUGGCUAGUGUUGAAUAUUCGAAGAGACAAGUAGAGGCACGACUAACAUUUUCUACAACAGUUAGCUCAUCUAGAUCUAUUCCAUUCAUAUCGCAGAAGACAGAUUCUAGAACUACAGCUACAGCUAUGAACUUGAGAUAUGUGCUUCUGUUUCUGAGCAAUUUUUUCUGGAUAGAACUUCUAACAUUGGGGCAGAGACGGAUACUCUGGACGACCCUGCUUCGCCUUUCUCUCGUCCCUUAUUCAAGACUGGCAACAAGACGCCGACCAUCUACGAGGAUAGCGACACUAAGGCUCAACAAAGAGAAGCAUACGGAUAGACUGAGGCUCAGAUUUACACUGAGAAUCUUAGAACCUCACUCGAAAUCUUUCAGCAGCAGCGUGUGGCCAUAGCUUCUCGAUGAAAGGACGCGACCUCUGUCAUUUUUCAUAUCAUUGGAAGUAGCUAGGUGAAAGCUUCACUUCUAGCGUCUACUUUUCAUCAUAUUCAUAAUGUCUUGCUUCUAACCCUCGCUACUUCCUGGAAACGCUGUCCCAUCGAGUUGUUUACUCGAACAACGUACGCAGCGUGGAGCUUUUGGACGAUCACAGCGCUGAGCCUGGCAACGACCACAAUGCGGAUUUUUUGGGUCACAGCGUUGAAGAUAAUGGAAACGCUUUCAACCUUUUCGACGACGAGGACGCCUCAUAUAUGGAGGACAACCCUCACGCGGCUACUACGGUUGGCGCAGACGCGCCUCGUGCUGUUGGAGUAAACGCGACUACCAGUGCUGGAGAUGGUCUCGAUGGGGCCGCUUUUCUUGAUGUGGAAAGAGCAUCAGAACCAAGCUAUGGCGCCACUUUCUGGUCGUGUAUUUCUAGGGCGGUCGAUUUGUAUUAUUUCCUCCCUCCUUGACUCCAGCCCGUUAUGAUUAUAGCGUCUUGGAAUGACGGCAGCAGAACUUCGCAGGCCUCCGAUGUUUGGCAAUUGCUAGGUUUUGUCUUUAGUCCUUGGCAAUGUCUUGGCCCGAGGGCUUGCUUUCGUCUAGGAAGCGGGGGGGUGUCACUGCCUUCCAUUCUAGAGAACUGCCCCGCACUUGUGCUGCCUGGGGGCCCCGAGCUUGUUGUUACACCACCCGCUUUUUUUUUUCUCGCCCGCCGGCCACGAUCUGGGGGCCUUUCUGGCAACAACAUGGCGAGGCGCUCCUCGUGGUGAGAAUGAAAAUCACGACAGAGGCGUCCCGGGCAUGUAUAAGGGGGCCGAGAGUGAGACGCAGACGCCCCCUCCCUUUGCUAGCUAGGUUUGGGCUUGGCUACGCUGGUACCCAUUCACUCGGCCGGCAUCGCUUAAACAAGCGCCGGCGCAGUGUAUCGCGCUCGUUUGGUAGUUUUCGUUGGGUUGUGGGUUUGAGGCAAAGGAGGUGGCUGGCGUUGGCUCGCACGCUCACAGCCCUAGCGCAUCCGGGGAAAAGUUGACACCUGGUGACGGGGGAGCCGGGCAUUCAUCGCCCAAGCUGAUGGGCUUGGCGCGGUUUGUCUCCGGGUUAGUGGAGUGGCUUUUUUCGUGUGUUUAUUUCUCUGGCUGUCCUCUUUGGGUGGGUUUUUGUCUGUUAGUGUGUGCUGUUAGUUUGUUGCCGGGGGUUGCCUUGCGGUGCUCCUCUCUGGGAGUGCUUAUAUCUUAACAUGGGGCAACUAACGGCGGGGGCCCAAUGAAUCGACUCCAGCCUCGGGGCGCUUUGUGGGUUCUUUGGUUAGUGUGAAGCUUCGAGAUAGCGCUGCGCAACCAGCGCAUGCGGGUGCGUGGCUUUCAUUCUGUUCAUUGGUCAGCAUAGCUCGGGGCGGCUUGUUGUCUUCGGUGGUGUGUGUGUCUAUCAUCGUGCUGCGAGCUCCUCGGACUUUUGCCGGGGUCCAUUCAUUUCAGAGAAGCCUGGAGGAGAUGUCGCGGGACAGAAACCUGAAGCCACUCGCAGGCGCUUUCACUGAAUGGCUACGGCACGCUUGGGCCCUCUCUUUGUUUUGCUUGGUGGGAGUUCGUGUGAGUGUGUGUGGGCAUUUACUCACGCUGGUUCCAGUAGGUGCAUAGCGUUGAGGCCUCACAGCGGUGGAGGGGCAGCGCCAGCGGCGUCAGGUGGGCUGGGGCCCUCGUGGUGUUUAUGAUGUGGUCAGGGCCACAAGAACUGAAGUCUGUGCGCUCUUAAGUUCAUGACUGAGAUUAGUCGCAGAUCAUAAGGGCGCCCAAGGAUUUGCCCCAGGCCGUAAGGCCGUCCACGGGUUGGCCUCAGAUCAUAAGGCCGCCCGCGGAUUUGUCUCAAAUCAUAAGGCUGCGCACGGAUUUGCCUCAGAUCAUAAGGCCGCCCACGGAUUUGCCUCCCUCUCUCAGGCCAUAGAUAGGGCUGCUUGUGGAUUUGCCUCAGGUCACAAGGGUCGCCCGCGGAUUUCCUUCAGUUCAUAAGACCGCCUGGGACUUGUCUCAGAUUAUAAGGCUGGCUGCGGAUUUGUCUCAGACCAGAAGGCCGCCCACAGAUUUGCCUCAGAAUUAAAGGCUGACCCGCCCCGGAUCUGCCUCGGAUCUGAUCGCGCUGCCACCUCUCUGUGGAUUUGUCUCAGGUUGAUUGUAGGGCUGCGCACGCAUCUGCCUCAGAUCAUAAGGCUGCCCCCGGAUUUGUCUCAGAUCGUCUCACGCGUGAGAAUAUGGCCGCCCGCGGAUUUGUCUCCGAGUCAGACCACAAGGCCCUCCACGGAUUUGCCUCGCUCACGGAUCAAGGCCAUAAGGCUGCCCCUGGGCAGCUCUGUCGCGCGCCGCUCAGCGGGCUCUUAUUUUAAUCGCGCUUCUGCUUCAGUGUCGGAUAUUGUGACGGCGGUGGCAAGGCCCAUCUUCGUUAAGACUUACUGAAGACGAGCAGCGUCGCUUUUCUAAAAGUAAACACACGUGGACUAUGUGAAUUUUUUCACCACGCUGAUGACAGACAAACCUGAUGGGCGCACGGCGUUACGGAUGGGGCUUAGUUUUAAUCUAUAUGAUUCCCAACGAAUGUUAACGCCUCGGCUGAUACAUAUGAAUAGACGUCUAAAGAUAACAGCUUUAGACGCUGUCCAUUUUUAGCAGGAAUAUUGAAACACAAACGCUACUUUGAUUAUCUCUCUAGUAAGUAGAUUUAGUUGCUUUCUUGCCUAUGGGCAGUUUAUUGUUUAGAGUGUUCGAGUGUGCCACUAUUAUCAGGGGCGUUCUUCAAUUAACUUUUAUUUAUAAAAAAGCCCCACCAUCCAUCCCCUGCGCUCCGCCAUGUCGUUGAGAGGUUCUUUGGUUGGAACUACGGUUGCAACUUCCCUCCGCUGACUAGGUCGAGUUUUAGGACUUGUCUCCCACUCGUAGGCAAGGACUUCGUCAGCAUUGUCAUCUACCGCCUGUUAUUGCACUUUGCAUGACUUUAAACGUUAGUGACGCUAUAAUAUAAGACUGCAGGACGUGUCUCUCGUGGACAAAUUGGCAGUCGUUUACAAAUUACAAAAUAGUCUUGGGUUUACUGUAAACAUUCGUCGGGACGCCUUUUGGAAAAAGCAUGCCGACGCCCAUAAUGCUGAGACAUACAGAGGCGAGUUAGUGGAGUGUUCAGGAGACUUAUGGCUCCAGUCUAUUGCGUUCGAGUGAUUAGCUUUUUCUUUGAGUGUGAAGGCGAGUCUCUCGGCCAGUCAGCGGAAGAGGGUGACUUCUUUCGCUCUUGAGUCUGUUUUGUCUGCUUUUUAUCUGUUUGAGGGAGAAGGCUGCUUUCUUUUGGUGGGCGUGCAAAAUUGAGCGCAGUAGCAAAGUAGCGAGAGUUUUCUUUUGUAGAAAGUUGAAAUGUCUUUCCCCGUGAAUAUCAGUCAAAACCGAGCACCUGCACCCUUGAAAAUUGGAAACCUAAAAAAUAUAAAAAAGAGCACCGGCGCCGCCUCCCCAAAUAGGGCAGGCUGUUUAUUAUAAUUCGAGCGUUGCCCGACUAGCUUCUUCCUCUGACUAAGAGCGAACUAUAGGGCUUUUGCUCUUCUGUAGUUGUAAAUAAACGUAGAGGCUAGCGCAUUACUGUGGAGAUAUGGGUGACAAAUUUGCUAAGAAACUUGCUCGCUCUUCUUUCGAAGAUGCGAAAAUAUAUACAGACAAAGUCGCGGCUGAUCUACAGACAGCUGCGCCUCGGGAAUCCUUUAAAGUAAUCGAGGGCGUAAGUUUGGACUUAAUUGCAAACCAGUUGCCCGCGAGUUCGUCGCACGCUACGGGAAGGCUUAGAACUGUUAGAGGAAUUGCACUCUUGGUCCUUUUCUCCUGCGCAGCACGAGCCUGACUCUUCUUUUUUCGAUAGGCAAAAUUCUAAAGUUAUUGGCUUCAAGAGCGUCGCCUUGUUGCGCGAGUUGAACUCUAGACUUUAUCCUGAAGGCCCUUCGGCUUGGAAGCUUAUUCUACUAGAAGGCACGACGCGCGGGCCGUUGUGGUGUCCUCCUGGUUGGGAGAACCGUAAUAAGAAAUUCGACGACGACGAUAGAGGUAGGACUGAAAAGAGGUGCCGGGUGGCGUCCUUUAUUUAAGAAGGCGACUAAGCCCAAGCUAGAAGAGGACGCGCUCCAGCUUAUUUGGGACCCCUCUGAAGCGGAAGCUACUAAAGGCUUACUUAAUUCUUUUGUUGAGUUGCAAGAUCUUCCAUCUUCAGCUGAGUUUCUCACUCCGAGGCUUGCAGUGUUUCAAAAGAAUAAGCAUCGCCUUACAGACGACGCGCGGGCUUUCGACUUCACUGCGGGCCUUUCUAAAAAAAUCCCGCUUCCUUCACCUCUGGAGGCUUUGGCGACUGCUACAGCAGUAGCACGCACCAACGCAGACCCGGCGCUUACCCCCAAGGCCUUGCGUUCUUUUGCUUUUAACCCUCGCAAGAGGGAGAGCGCUUACGACUUUAGCGCUCCUAUAUCUAAGUCUGACGCGUUUAAUGCGGUAGCUUUUGAUAGGUAUACACUGCGAUCCUGGUGCUGGAAUCGAUUUCGUUCGAGACGUUUCUAGCCUUGUCGGCGGAUUGGUUAUAGAUAUAGAAGGCGCCGACAAGACCACUGGCAUAGCCAACGGCCACGAAGACGAGAACUGGGCUGCUAUUUGGUCUCCGCCUUUGAAGCGCUUUGUCGCCUCGCGAGCCAAUAGCCUGCUGCUUGGUAACGCCCAUAGCGUAGUGUGCUGGGUUAGACUUUCCCUUUUAAUUUAAGUUCAUUUGCGUUCGGCUCUUUACAGUGCCUGCGUGUGUCUUUAAUUAUAGAUGACUUCCACUCAUUCGCCAAAAGCGGUUUAGGGGCUAGCGUUUUGAGUGCGGCUUGUCAUUUGUUAUCUUGUCUUGGUUUUGGUGUUAAGCGUGAGAAGUUAGAUUGUUCUGGGGUGCAAGUUUUGUUGUUCGGACUGUUAUUUAAUUUGAAUAAACGCCCUUCAGUGCAGAUCGCCCCUGAGCGUGCCGCUGCUUAUCGCGGCUUAAUGAAUUAGAACACGGCCUGACUCCGGAGCCUUGUCCCAGAAUCAAGCCGCAGAAAUUUGCGGGAAGCUUAGCUUCGCCUUUUGCGCACUUUGUGAUCGUCAGCGACGCCCUUUGUUGCGACCUUUAGUAGGUCGUAUGUACGACUUUCAAUUCAUGGCAGUGAUCACAUGUCUUCAGCAUUGGCCGAGCGUCUUAAAGUUUGUUAUGGAGUUCUUCCGGCCAUUCCCCCGUGGUCUCUCUUCGCGUUCAAGUUCCGUUAUUUGUUGUACACGGACGCCUCGUGGCAACGAGGUAGGGCCGGUUUUCUGGCGGGAGUGCUUGUAGAUAUUUUUGGAGUUUCUGAUCCGGCCACCCCUAAGGGCCUCGGAGUUCUUAAGUUUUGGCGUUUGUGUGUUAACAAGGAGCAGCUGCGUAGUUCUUUUAAGAGCUACCCAAUUAAUCUUCUCGAAGCGUUAGCUCCCAUUGUGUCAGUGUACAUUUGGGCUGACAUUUUUAGAAGCACGCGCGUCGAAGUCUUGACUGAUAACAAUAGCGCGAGAGGCUGUCUGGUUAGGAUGAAUAGCGGCAAGAUGCACAUGAGCGCCAUGGCUUUUCAAUUUUGGCGCUUUUGUUCUAUCAAUGAAUAGCAUUAGCUUUGUUUUUUGUUGACAGGGUACCCUCGGAGGAGAACAUAAGCGACCUCCCGACAGAGGGCCACUUGUGUAAGUUCUUUACUGAACAGUUUUGCACGGAGGGAAUUCAGAUCAGUAGCGAAAUUCUUGAACAGAUCAAAAAGAUUAUGAGUCUCGGCGUCCAGUGGAAGAGUGUGAUGCUGGUGAAUGAUGUGGCUGCACAUGAGUAACGCCUCCGGUUUUGAAGCCAUAACAGUACUAGUUGUUUGGUCAGCUUUGCGCCUUUUUGCUUCGUCUGUGUAAAGCAGAACUUUGAGUAUUAGAGUCUGCCGCAUCCUCUUCGAAGGACAAACUAUAUUUUUUUUUCUGGUGCAUGGUUAUUUUGGAAAUUAAUAUCUUUCGUCGCAUACUGUAAAACUUGCAUAUAUUCACGCUUCGCGCUUUCGUAAGUUUUUAGAAAUUACGGAAGCGCCAUACUUAAGUGGUUUGGUUUUAUUGAAAAAAGCUAUUUUGUCUAUGUAUAGUAGGAAUUGGCUGGAAUAUCGUUAAAGGAGCCUGUGGGAUUAGAAUUGACAAACUCGCUGAUUUGCGAUUUUGCUGCUUUUGAGUAAGAACCUACCGCGUUCGUGAGUUUGUAAAGAUGGCUGAGCAUGAAGGUCUCCAGGCUGCAUUCGCCACCAUGGUGGCAGCCUCGAAUGCUGAUCGUCCCGAUCAGCGAAAAGCCAACGCUUUUAAGCAGGCGUGUAUGACAUUUGGGAUUGCCAUCGCGGCCACGUCUGAGACGGAGACUAAAGUGGUCGAGAAGUGUCGCAAAAGUGGGUAGUUUCGGUUUUCUUAUUUGUGCGGUUGCGGUCAGUUGUGGAUUAAGUACUCUGGUGAGCAUGCACCACUAGGCUGAGUACUUUCUGCUUGUCCCUCCUUAUGCGAGCACUCUUUGUCAUGGGAUUCACCCAAAAGCGACCCUAGUGGCAGAAGCAGACGCAAGUAAGUGAAUAAAGAAAAGAAAACUAAUUAGAAAAGGGCCCCGAGCCUGCGUACUUCAACCCAUCUGACUUCAGGACGCCACUGAAGUGAAUUCGUCUGAGUCUGAUCAUCUGAGCUUCUGACAAACCUUGCCGCGACCCUUUUUCCACUCUCAUAAACUUAACCCACUGACUAAAGAAGAGUAGAACGCAAGGACUAUGCUUAACUUUCUUGAGUCUGCUAAAGUUUACUAAGUUACCUCAAGUAGAUCAAAGCAGUUACUUGCGCGGUUGUGUUCCUUUUGUCUAAGUUAUUUCGCAGGUGUGGUUUUAUUAAGUGUGCUCUUACUUAUCUGUUGGCCAUGGUCGUAAUCCUUGAAACUAGCACAAAGAUCCACAAAGAUCAGAAGGAUGAAGAUCAUCAAAAUGACCAAGAUCGCCAGGCGAACAAGGUACCCACCGGCACCACUUUCAACGCGUUGGCCUUAGUUGGCGCGGGUGUCGGCGGUUUCUCCUCUCUCUCUCGUUUGUCGUUUCAAGUCUCUCAACACAGUCAAGGACAAAGAAACACAGGAAAGAUCUCAAGAUAACCCACAGACCUAAGCGCAUAUGAUUCCAAAAUCAAUGAUCAACAGGCAAAGGGCCUUCAACGUAAUCAGAUAGCAGAAAUGACGAAUGUCCAUAGCUGUAACCAGGUUCGUAACGUUUUGUCAGUUCUGAUCAGUUCAAAGAGCAAAUGGCGACCGUGUGAGUCAAUGGUGAUAGCCUAGGCGUUCCCAUAUGAAGCACGUGAAAGUCUCCGCAUGCAACAUGGUAUCCCAAUGAAGAAGCUGAGGCUUCCUUCCCUUGCAGCCCCGAUGAAUAUCCACAGGGAUCAAAGCAGCCAGAGCCAUUUGGCCAGUGGUUAAGGUGUUCGGCUUGAUCAGUCAGCACUCAUGGAUCGAACCCGGGAGAGGGUGGAAAUUCAGUCACAGGUCUAGCAGACGGCGGAGUCCCUUGGCUAAGGGCACGCAAUUCGCAAUCCGCUAGCUACCCCGAAGAAGGUGAACACCGGAACGGCAGCCUGAUCAAACCAGAGAUCAUUUGUCUCAGGCUGUAAGUGCAAUCUGUAUCAAACUCAAGCGUUUCUCAAUGAGAAACUAGACGCGACUUAACAGUCUGGGUCCGAAUGGUCCAGCACUGCUUUGGCCCUUGAGUCUGGCUCAACAUAGAGAAGAGAUUCAUCUAGAAACGAAAUGUCUUGCGAAGAAACUCGACUUGCCUCAAAACUACCCGAAUGUAGUUGACGUGGCGGCAGCUCCUCAUGGUAUUCCCGACGGAGUUACCACCCGGGAGGACGCAGCCAAAACGUCGCAGAGCAGAGCUGAGACGCGGAAACGGUGGAAAGUGGAUUUUGCUCGCUGAAUUUGGACGCUGACGAGCAGACUGCAGACGGAAUAGCUGUGGAUAGUAUUGGGGGAGUAAAACUGAUAGGACAUAGUCUCUCAACUAGUUCCAUCACUGCAAGAAGAUAGAGCUAGUCUGGUUGAUAGUUGUGCAAACAAAUAUACUUCAAGACACAAAGGCGACGCUAGUGAUACAACUACGAGAAUUGAUUGCUAGGAUUACUGGUAGCACUAGGAAAAGGGCUUAGGCUGUCUUGUGCCUUGGCUAGGUGGAGGGAACUGCUCGCAAUUAGGGUGGGAAUUCAACCUCAAAGGCGCAGGCGGUUGUCUCGUACAUACGGACACCGGCCAGGCCAUACCCACAAGAAGUCAUCCACGCUUGCAGCUUCCCACACUUGCGCGCAACUUGUUUAAAGAAGAGACAUAUAGUGGCUAUAUUUGUUCAACAGUAGCCGAAGGAGUCAGUAGAUUGCUAUCUUACAAGACUCGAACUUCAUAGAAGGCGUGGGCGCUUUCACGUAGAUGGCCUCCAGGUAAAUUGUCCUGAGUGCGAUCCACAGAAAGGCCAACGCGCGCCAUAUCUAUGCAAAACAAUAGAGAUGCUUCGAAAUGCAAACCCGUAUCAGUUAGAUCAAAAUAAAAGAAGUGUACUAGUGAUUUCCGUAAUGUAAUUAAGAAGGUGUGCGUCGACCGCUUAAGCUGUAGAGUGACUGUGUGGAGGAAAUAGAAGAAGCGACAAAAGCCAUUCGCCAGGACUACUCCUUAUCUCUUGAUGGCAAGGUAGUAUGGUUCCCCCGGAGGGAUGGAGGACCUGUCCUGAGCAGUGACGACAUGGCCAAAGUUAUGCAAUCGCUGCGAGUCUCAGACAGUCCGGCUGUUCCUUAUAUUCUGGAAUGAAUGAGACCUGCGAACGUUUUACGCGGACUUUGUUCGGCAGUGUUCGCACAAUACUGACUAAAGUUGAUAAACGUCUCUGGCGUUACUGCGUCGAGUACGCUGGUGACUGCUGGGAUUGUUUACCGCAUAACUACGCGGAAAUGCCUCAAAAUGAUGGAAAGAGUCCAAUUGAAAUUUUGGAAUAAAGGACUGGUAGAAACUCGCCGAAGAGUUCAAUCGACGUGCUCCGUCGAUUUGGUUGCCUAGUUCACUUUCGUGAACAACUUCAAGCCAACCCUCCUGAACCCAAGCUCUAGGCCAAAUACCACCGUGACGCCUUCCUUUGGAUUCUGUCCGAAGUCGUCUGGUUGGUUGGUUGGGACUUUCGCUCAUGGCGAUCGUUGCAAGCUUGGACAUCGAUGGGCGGAAUACUCUACCCGAGAUGUAAAGUUUGUCUAGAGAGGACUACUUAGUUAAUAAAGAACAUCGGCUGGCCUUUGCCAGAUAAAAGGGCAUCUACGUAGAGUCUGACGAACUGGGGAAUCUGCUGGGUGGCGCGUCGUAGCUGGGCUCCCCCUUGCUUGGACCGUCAGAGCUAAGGCUGGGUCAUCAGUCGGGGUUCUCUGGCACGGAGCACAUUCCAGGCGGACCGACCGGAAUCCCCGAAGAGAUUACUGGAUAAAGUAGAGGAAUCCAACGCGUCUGACUCUCCUAAAGGUGUUGCACCUGAGGAGGGGAAAGCUGAGGCGAAGGAUCGCGUGACAUCUGCUCCGCUUAGUCCGCCUAGGUUGAAAGCGCCCUCUCCCGCCCGUGUUGUGGCAGGCGAAGGAACGCCAUACACACGGCGAGAAGCGUGGCCGACCAAAAGGAGCUAAGGACAAGGCAGGCAGCAGGGUACGAAGAACAAAGAAACAGUUAGAAGAACUGAGAAAGAGCCUGGCGCUGUUCGCUAGUGCAGUUGGUGGCAUGUGUGAACUCGACGAAGAUGAGGAACUCGUCGAGUCAUGUGUGACUUUGUCCGUUGCUCAAGCACUCAAGUCUCCUGAUGCCGAUAAGUGGCAGGAGGUUACUGGGAAGAGCAUGCGAGACUGCUAGCCUUUGAAACGUGGAAAGCAGCUUCUGGCGAGGAGCUUGCGACCGCGUGACAGGCUCGACCAAUUGACACAAUUCUAACUAUUAAAAGACGUGGAAGAUGCAAGGCCUGCGCUUGUGUCGUCGGUAAUCUAGAUCGUUUAGGAGAGCUAAACACCUUUGCUCCCGUAGUUUCACACGCCGCUAAUAGGUUGCUCCUGACUUCUGCUGCGUCAGAACAGGACUACGCGACCCCGUUCGAUUUAGAUUCUGCGCUCCUCAAUGCUGAACUCGAUCGCGAUGUCUUCUGUCAUCUCCCAUCCAUCUGGGCAGAGAAGCAUGGGCGCGAGAUCGUGAAGCUCAAGAAGGCCUUAUACGGCUUGAAGGACGCACCAUGGGCAUGGUUCAAGAAAUAUCACGACAUACUAGCCACUCUUGGCUGGGAGCCGUGUGAUUCUGCGCCAGGCUUAUGGAGAAACCGAGAGCGAAAGUACCUGAGAAGUUCCUCAAGGUGUCAGUCUAUGUUGAUGACAAUCCUGCCACGGGUCCUGAUCUCGAUGGGCUCAAGACUGAACUAAGCCCCACCUUCUCGCGUGCCCCUGGCCGUGUGAUUGAUGUGGAGUCCGUUCUGACCCUUUGGGUCAAGCGUGGCUAAGGUUCGACUUCUUAGGUGCCAUCGUGUACUACUAUCGUGAAGCUCGAACGUUUCGGCUUAACUUUGGUAUCAGGAAGAGGAGAAGUAUUAUAGUAGCACAUGAGCCACAGGCGCGAGUGCGACGUUGCCACGGAAGAGGGUGCACCUGCAAAGUGCGAGCGCGUCGGCUUUGAGGUAAUGCGCCCAGCACUCACACUAGAGCUCACACUCCCGCUCGAGCUCGAGCUUUGAGAGUGAUGCUGAGUGCCAAGCAUCUGAGCCUCCUUGUCUAGCUGCGUUGCUGCAGUAGCUGUGAGCGAGUCGGGUACAGGGUGUUGUUGGUCACUGGAGCCGAGUGCAUGGCGUUGGUGGUCGCUUGAACCGGGUACAUGGCACUGUUGGCCACUUGAACCGGGUACAGGGUGUUGUGGUUCAUUCGUCGUUUCCAUAUCGGAUCUGCCGAUCAGCUCGUGUUCCUUGGGCGCCAUCGCUUUCUUACCGCUGAUAGUGGUGACCUUCAUCGCCGAACGCUUGCUGGGCUUUGGUGCAGCCGCCGUCGCUGCUGAUUUCAUAACCUUUGCCGUCACCUUCAUUGGCUUCGACGCAGUCUUAGGCUUUGGCACUGAGACGGGUUUGCUAGUUUUUCCGCUCUGGGCACGAGUCGAAGACGAGUUUGAGCUUGAGCUACUCGAACUCGUCCCGACUUUGAGCUUUUGAGUCUUCAUCCUGAGGCACAACAAGGAAAAAACAGGCUAUGCGGUGAGUGAUUUGGAUACUUAAACAGAGAGAUGCGCCUUUGUGCCACGGGUAGAUAUGUCGGCUACAGAGUGAGAUACUACGAAGCGUGGUCUUUUAGUUAGAUCAUGGCGAGUCUAAACGCACACUGAUUGGCGGGAGCAUGCUAGUGAAGGCCUAGUCUUGCUAUGGAGAUACAGGCGUGGGGUUCGAGGCCGAUACUGUAGGGAGGAAAAAACUACGGAGCCACUACAACAACCGACGCAGACCGACGACAGAGUGACAUACUUUGACGGCAAGGUCCAUGCCCAGCUGUAUUUCGCAGAAAAAACGAGGCAUGCACUCACGCUCUUGCUUUGGCGGUCUCUGUCCACGUAGGACAACACGAGGUCGGGCCCAAGACUCACUAUGAGUCUGAGCACUGAGCUUCUUUCAGGAGGCGACAGCUCAGGAUAUGUCAUUACAGUCCUAUCCGUGUGAUUCUGUCAGCAAGGCAUCUCAGAGCCAGGAAAAAGGAUUGAGGUUAUCGGUUCAGACUGAUGAGCGCCCCACUAUAGGGAUCACUUGCAAUUGUAUGAGUACGGGCCAUACAUGCUGACCUUCAGAGUAGCUCAUAUGAUGCCCCGUUCACACUUUCAACGGACUAUCGCCACUUUUCUUGUCAGAUGCAGUAAGUUGCAACUCAGUUGGAGGCCAUCCUCACUACUCAGCCACUGCACUAUAGGCACCGCCAUGGCUCGCGACCAGCUGUCGUUGUAUCCGGAAAGGCUCACUAAAAGGGAAGUCGAGGCCAAGGAUGCUCUUCUAAAGUUCAUUUUAUAUGUAAUUGCGAUUAAAGUGAGCUCUAGAGUGGUGUCUCUCAUAAAAGAAGACAAUAUCGCCGCCCGGCACCUUGCCAAUUCUGCAAGCUGCGUACUCCCAUAUAGGAGCGCAGCACGCGUAGCGCCUGACUCAAUACCCGCGCCCUCGUCUUUGAGGAUCAUCGCAAGAAACAGGAUUCUGCACACUGUCGUACUGUAGAAACGAAGCAGCGCCAGGUAGUGACGUGCUAGCUUUGCUGCAGCACGUGCAUCCUCAAGACGAGCCUGCUCAUCCGCUGCCCACGAGAGGUUCGACGCUGCAGCUCUCACUACUCCACCAGCCAGCUGCGCCAUCAUUCGGGGUAGAAGACGCGUCAUCUUCCCCGCUGCGCCUACUGCCGACACGACUGCCCGGCUCAUGGAGUAAGUAUUGAUAGAAAGGGUUAGUAUUCAUAAUUGGUAGCCUAGAGGGGUGCGCCCUCCGUCAAUUAUGGAUUCUAUAUUUCUUUUAUUAGCCAGCUAGUGAGAUUAGUGCAAGAAGCUUAGUUGAACUCGAUAUCAAGUUCAGCAAGUGGUUUGUGAGGUUUACUUUGUGCCUGCACAUAUGUCACUCGCUCUUAGCUUCGCAGGCUUUCCUCUCAUCGGCCUCAAGUCUCCUGCGGCAGCUGCCGGAGAUAUAUGUCGAGGGCUCUCUUGGAUUUGUCAUACAGGCGCGCAGGGCGAUAGUCUGCGAUGUACCAGACGGGGAUGGACUGCGCCACGAAUACACGGACAUGCGUGCGCCACGGUUGAGGCCAAGGCAUAGUCGGUGAGCAGUGUGAGAGCGCCCCUAUGUGGACUUGCACGGGGAACAGCCAUAUCACUACAGUAGAAGUUGCUAUGUAUAGUGCAACUCAAAAAUAAUUUGGUAAAUAUACUUCGCCAGCCCAGUAGAAGAGGGUAAGCUCUCCUACUCUUUACUCAUGCGUUAUCUUCGCUCUUCAUCUAGGCACUCUUACUUACUCUUUUGACAAAGAAAAGGAAGAAAAAGAAGAAAAGGGAAGAACCUGAAGACACAACACCCGCAGAGAGCUGGCGCGGAUACUCCUGAGAGAAGCAAAGGAGCCACAAGCGAGAGGGGAACCGUGAAGAAGAGCGGGACGCAAGUGGCCCCCUUAGCGCUCCUCCCCCCCGCCUAUCUUUUGACCUUUGAUGACUGAGAGGGCGGCGAAUGCGUGGCACGUUGCUCCCAAGCGGGGCCAGCAAGCGUCGCUAGCUUCUGACCUGUCUGGUUGUAAUUUAAACCAGCCCGACCGGGUUGCAGCAAUGCGAGGAGAGCUACUUCUACCAGCCCGCGGCCAUGUCUUUCGCCUUGCGCGCGUGGAAAUCAAUCAAGAGGCAGGGGAGUUGCCGUGUGUCGUGAGCUGCGCGCGCCCUCUCCGUUAAGCCAGACGGAAGGAAGAGAGGCGGCAAGGGUAAGGAGGUGCCUGGGCUACAAGGGCAAAGGAUCGAGCUACAGGGGCAAGCGUGUAGAAGUGCCAGAUAUCUGCACAACCCGAACGCCUUUCGCCGUGUUUAUCCUGCCAAUGUCUUGAAAUUGCCAGCGUAAGAGCUCGCUCGCAGGUGCUCGGAGUGCAUUUCUGCAAAGUCCAUACUUACACAGCGCAUAUGAUAUUCUAGCAGAAUUUGGCGGGGGUGUGCAGUAAAUGCGCUAAAGUAUCGCAUAAGCUGGGUGGCAUAUUUAAAGCUUUUGCCUAAAGCUUGGGCAGCUUACAGGGAUCAAAAAUGGCCAGAAAGUGGAUGGACUCGAAAUUCAUGCGAGCCCACAAUCUGGCAGAAAAGGGGCGCGCUACUUGUAGCGCUUGUAGAUAGCUUGUGGCCUUUCGGGCUGCAGGAGUCUGUUUACCAGGCAAGGCCUGACAGACUUGGGAUUAAGUUGGAAACCUUUCCCAGAAGAGGCCAGGAAAUUCCAACGCGCCGCGGCGAAGUUGCUGAUCUAUAAUUAGAAGCAAAACGUAUGGAAGAUAAGGCAUCAAGAGGCUUGCUACUAUCUCAAGAGGGGGACGCAAGUAGGAGCCUUAAUAGAUGUAGCAAGCGGAGACGUAGCAGGUAAAUGCUUCGCCAUGCCUAUGGUCUAGCCUCCAAGUCUGAACGGGCCGGAGGAGUCUACGCCAAUCAAAUUAAAAAAACCAAGACGAGCUUACACGCCGGGCAUUACCUCUAAAGCCUUGCGCAAAGCCCAAGCGACUCCAGGGAAACUCAGUAAGAGCCUCGAAGAGGGUCUCCGGCCGGAUACUUUUGCACAAGCAGGGCCAUAGAAUGGAAAAGCAAACAGCGCACAUCGUACACAAAGCAUGCCCUGGCCUAACAUUAUGGACGGCCCGACCCAGACUGCGGAGCACAGCCAGACCGAGACGCCAGAGCAUCUUGGACAUAGUUGCAAGCUUCUGCGGUAAUCUUAUCCAUUGGCGGCAUUGCUUCGACGUCUAUAACAGAAGCAGAUGACAGACGGGGUCGCGUUGGUUUUAGGAUUCUGCUACGUUCUAAAUAGCGCCCGCGCGUAGCUGAGUACUUACCCCCAAUGCUUUCGCAGAUCAAUGCCGCUACCAUUGGGGUGCGAUAACCAUGGAGGGCAAAGAUACUCCAUGAACAAAACAGGAACAGCAGCGCGCCUGCAGCACAUUGAUGCCAGGGAGUGCUUCUCUGUUUCGUUUCUGCCCUCAAUAAGGCAGGCGGCCGGGCUGGAAUCGUCUUAGAGGAGGGGCUUCGUAACUUCUUGAAAAUGAGCUACAUAAUUUGGAACAACUCGAAGAAAGGGCAUAACGUAGCAAGGUACUACCUGCGUCGCCUGCAGUGAAUCAGGAGCAGCGAAGGCAGCCACGCGUGGCGGCUAAUCUAUAAGAUGCUCACGCGUGUGCUGUCUGAUGCUCUUGGAUCUUUGCAGCAGCUUGAGAGACUAGGACAAACAUGAAAAACCUCCACGAGCGUGCUCAGCCGUAUUGGCGCAAUACAUGAAAAGACUUGGGUGAGGAAUCUGGUCGAUGCCCAUCGCCGGCGAGCAACGUGCGCGACAGUCUGCCAAAGGCGGCCAGCGUGGCUUCUUUUUUUUCUUUGACUUUUCAGGAUUUGAAUCGGGAUGGCUUGUAGUCGUUGAGGCUGAACAAUCGGCAAAACUAGUCAACUAUUAGAGCUGUUUCUCCCUACUCUACAUGCUGCACGGUGCUAGUGCUAUGCUCUUUCUCUUCCUCCGUCAGAAUUCAUUUCCACCGUGGAUCUUAAAUAAGGAAACUGGCGGCGCGGAGCCCGGAUUUGUGUUCCUCGACGGGGAGCUUCUGCCGCCGGGCUUAAAGCCACAGACAAAUUGGGAGCGUCGAGUGUUAUGAAGAAUGACUCGAACAAUAUUGCAUGGUCCAUCCCCUUGUUGAGAGUUUCGAUAAUUUAUCAGUGUUUGUCUCUCUGGAAAAUAGUCUUACUUUGCGAAGACGACUACAGAUUACGCGCACCCUGGCGACGAACAAUGGCUAGCGGUAAUCCUCCGCAGCCUCGAGCCAGCCUUGACUAUUCCGUCGAUAGAAUGACGGACGUGAAGCUCAAGGGUGGGGCCCGAUAGAGACGAUCUCUAAUUAAGUACGCCCGAAACCUGCUUGAAGGUGUCACCGCGCUCAUGGACAAGGGCAGAAUGCUGGGAGACCGUCACGAUGGCCUCGAUUACGUUCCCCACUGCCUUUUCGUGAAUGAGGAGACAGAUCGCAAGAAGAACUAUCAUUGAGGCUAAGCAUAUUGAAGAUGAAUCAUGUGGACAUGAUCACUCUGAAGGAAGCAAGCACCUAUGCUUCUUCUGUAGGUACCCAUGUUGCGCCUGAUGCUAAGCCGAGACAAAUGAUUCUGCUAGUAUAGCAACAACAGGCACAGGAGCAACACUAACAGCCAGUAGCUGCGUCUUAACUAUGUAUGAAGUUUAGAUGUGCAUCUAGAUGUUGAAGAAAUCCUUCUUCUAAUGCCACCUCGGAGUUGUGUGGCUGCCGGGCAUUCUUCCUACAAGAGCCGAGGCUUGGCAGAUGCAAGAAGAGAAUCUGUAUUUCCAAUAUUUUUCGACGUAUUCCCAGAAACAUGAUCUUCCACGUGAAAAACAAAUAAGUGAAGUUCUGGGUGCGAUUCGUGCUUUCACAGCACUCUCAAGAUACUGGGUGCUCGGUGAGGGUCUUAGUUCGUUGAAAACCGACUUUACUUUCAAUCGUCGUGAUGCUGAUGACGUGAGCGUGACGAUGAUAGCCCCGCUUCCCCGGAAAGAUGAAGUGGGCACACCGGAAUUCAGGGUCAGCAGAGCGCGAAAAAGAGCCGAGGGAUUUCAAAAGUCUUUGGAAGACUUUAUGUUUUUAAGGGACACGCUCUUAAUCCAUUUUGAUGAAAAACAUCUUUGGUAGACUUUUUCACUGAAGAAAGCCGCAUGAAGAUGACUCUCAACUUCCAGAUGGAUUUCGAUGUGGUCUAAAAAUAGGAAAAGAAUUCACCACGUUUCCGAGCAUUUUGACUGCUGAUGAUCGUGGUGUUCCAAAAUCCGCACCCGCAGACGCAGUGCGUUCCAUCCUCCUGCCUAGUCAGAGAGAAAAACAAGACCUCGUCGUUCGGGCAGUAUUCAAGACCACACUUUAAGAAUUCUUGCCAAUCGACCUAUCUUCCAUUUCCAACAGCCUAUCUAGUAUGCUCUUCAUGGAACAAAGCCACAUGUAGAUAUAUACCAGGACCAUAGGUCAAGCGGGAACCACUAAAGUGACAUGACCCACAUCGGAUUCGUCUGGGGCUUACCUGCAACCGAUCGUGCUGACCGGAACAACAUAGAGAGCCCUUUCGUCCAGCUGUGGACAGUGCCGGGGGCUGACUGGGGAAGCCGAGUAGAAAACUGCGACAAAACGUAUAACGCCCUCCUCAGUUCGUUCUUUCCCAAACAGCGCAUAUAUGCGGGCGGGAAGCUAGAUCGCGUGGUCGCUCCUAGUGGCGCUGGUACCUAGGUCACCAUCGCCUGUAGUGGGGAUGUCUAGGUCUCUAGUGUCUCUGUUGGGGGUAGUUAGCUUCCUAUCGUCCUUUCUGGGCUUAGGACUUCUAGUGCCCCUAGUGGGUGUGGGUUUUAGAUGCCCAUGCCCAUCGACCCUAGCGGGAGUAAGGUUAGCAGCGCUUUACUAUAAUCAGAAAAAAUAUUAAUAACUCUGGUGGGUACGACCACUUGAUGUAGCUGAUUGCUGUUGUUCUAACUUUGUUUAUUGGUCAUUUUCGUGCUUAGAAGGAUUUAUUUUGUGCCUGCUUCCAUUAGAUACAAUGCUAGGACUGAAGAUGGUGCCUGCUGUAUUAUAAAAGCAAGAGAUGCUGAAGAAGAUGAAGAUGAUGUUUGUGCUAUGUAUGUAUGUUAUAUCCACCGUCUGUCUGAGAAAUAGAUUUCCAUUGAUCUUCGUAUGUUGAUUUUGAUAUAGAUCUAUUUUUAGGGAGGGGGAGGCUUACUUCUACAACUACAAGUUCUACACUGUAAGCUCUCCUCUAAAGUGUUACGCUGUAGCGCUUCAGCGUCCAAAUUCAGUGUAGAGCUUCAGCGUAGAAGGAUUAGUGUGUAUUGUAGAUCAAUGUGGAUGGAAGCUCUCUGUGAAAUCGCUCGUAGCUCUUCUUGCGAAGUCUUGCUGUCGCUCCUAAGCUUUAGAGAGAAGAAACCUCUUACUAGUUCACAGCUGUAAGAGUAGGAGACACUUUCGCCUUGUGUGAAGAAGAGGCCAAGGGAAGGCGCCCUAUCCUAUCCUAUGCUAUAUUUCCCUGCUGUCGGAGAUGAUACAGCCAAAAAAAGUUGUGAACUAAGAGCAGAACUUACGAACCAACUACUAAGAGAAGCUGCUACAAUGUAAGGAAAUAAAGCUUACGAACUAAGAGCAGAAGCAAGCCAGCUAAGAAAGUAUAUAGGUGAGGACACGCCAAACCCAUACCACAUUUGAAGACAAACUUGACAGAUUUGCGCUAUCUUUUAUACCACGUCGAUUGCUAUUACUAUUUUACUCACUUCCCGCCCAACGAGUGCUACAACAUGGGCAACGAAUGAGAGAAAGCGUUGCGAGGAUCUUCUUCAUCAGGUGUAAUAGCGUAGAAGAGCUGCUGAUGAUCGUUCAAGCUUCAUCAGCAUGGUACCGCCAAGAAUCAAGCUACUUCUACUUCAUCAAUCUUCAACUUCAUGCUCAUGUUAGUCGUAUGGAGAAUCAAGAAGAACAUUGGUCGUAGGGCAAGAGCCACUGUGUCAUGAAUAGUAUGAGCUUGAUGAUGUUGCUGCUGUAUUUGAAGACUCGUUGCGACUCGGUGUAGUACAACUCUUAUUCUUAUCGAGGAGAGUUACGAGUAGACGAUCCUGAAGAGACGUUUAAUAGACGAACGCAGGCAUGUCAGCAUAGAGGAGUAAUUUAAAAUCUGCAAUCGCAUUCCUUACUCCCCUUAACUAGAAUGGUCUGGCAUUUUCAACAUAAAAAGAUUUUUAACGAUGAACAAAGAGUCACUAUCUUAAUAUGUUGUAGUAAGCUGAAAGGCUUAUGCUGUAAGAGUAAGUAAGUAUGACGCAAAAUAUUAAGAAAAAAAAUGGGAUAAUAUCAGUAUGAUCAUACUGACCACUCGGGAAAAUAAAUAUAACAUCUAGAUCGACGUCGAGCAAUGCGUGCCACUUUGUAAAAAGGAUCAUCUCUCGCCAGGAAUUGCACUCGCCAUGUUCUUCGGAUGUUGAAGUAAUUAUAGGAAUGCAAGCCAAGAACGCAAGUGCCUGACGGUGUACUUUUCUGGAAAUUCGCGGGCGUCGCCCUCUAAAUAAAAAGCAUAG